AUGAACCAGGACCGCCCCGAAUCUCCAGGUGGUGAGGAGCAGUGGGGGACUGGCAUCACCUCUGGUCCCACUUCUCCGCGUAGGGAUGCGGAGGAACAAGGUUUUGUAACGGGCUUGGGGAACUGCAUUCCGUAUAUCUUGCCUUCCAGUAAACGUCUAACGCCAGGCGGGAAGAGGCAGCGCGGCCCACGCGGUGCCAGCGCGGCUCGAACCCGCAGACGCAGACCUGUUCCUAGGCGCGUCGGCGUGGCAGAGGCGGAGCCCACCGCGAAGGGUACCCAGCCCUCUUGCGUCAGCCAAUGGACGGCCAGGGCAUCCCAGGGGCGGAGCGGAAGCCGCUUCUUAAGGGCUCGUGACGUGGCCACGCAGCUGUUGCGUGGACUCCCGGUGUCGGUAUUGCUUCUUGCACACUUUCAGGUAUCCGCGCUCUGGGGGCUCGGGCCGGCGCGUGCGGCCUGCAGCGGGGUGGCCUCCGCGGGACUCGCGCCGGGGACGCGCGGGGCCUGGCGGCCAGACUCGGCCUCCGCGGCCCGGCUUCACGCUGGCGCCAGGGGCGCGGGGCCUGGACCUCAGGGGCGAGCCUGGGCAGGCGCGGGCACCCAGCCCAGUAUCCAGGCCCGGAGCGGGCACCGUGCCCCGGGGCCCGGGCACGAGAAAGGGAGACUGGAUGCGGCGCCCCGCGUGCUAGGCCCCGGGGACGGGCCUCUCCUGGGUGGCUCAGGGCGCAGCGGACCCAGCGCUUCCCGAGUUCCCGGGCGCCGCUCCAUCAACGGCAUCUGCUUGCGUUCCCGCUGGACAGACAUGCUGCUUUCCAAGCUCGCUCGUCUGCAGCCUGCCGCUGUGCUCCGCCGGGGAGUCCAUUCUUCCGUGGCCUCUGCUGUGUCUGUUGCGGCUAAAAAAACAGUCCAAGGCCCUCCGUCCUCUGAUUACAUUUUUGAGCGGGAAUCUAAAUAUGGCGCGCACAACUACCACCCUUUACCUGUCGCCCUGGAGAAAGGAAAAGGUAUUUAUGUGUGGGACGUAGAAGGCAGAAAAUAUUUCGACUACCUGAGUGCUUACAGUGCUGUUAAUCAAGGACAUUGCCACCCUAAGAUCGUGGAUGCUCUGAAAAGCCAGGCCGACAAACUGACCCUAACCUCGCGGGCUUUCUACAACAAUGUCCUUGGUGAAUAUGAGGAGUACGUAACAAAGCUUUUCAACUACCACAAAGUUCUUCCUAUGAAUACAGGAGUGGAGGCAGGAGAGACAGCCUGCAAGCUUGCUCGGAGGUGGGGCUACACCGUCAAGGGCAUCCCAAAAUACAAAGCCAAGAUUCUUUUUGCAGCUGGAAACUUUUGGGGUAGAACACUGUCUGCCAUCUCCAGCUCCACGGACCCCACCAGUUACGAUGGCUUUGGACCAUUUAUGCCAGGUUUUGAAAUCAUUCCCUACAACGACCUCCCUGCACUUGAGCGCGCUCUUCAGGACCCAACAGUUGCUGCGUUCAUGGUGGAACCCAUUCAGGGCGAAGCUGGUGUUGUUGUUCCUGACCCAGGAUACCUCACGGGCGUGCGAGAUCUCUGCACGCAGCACCAGGUUCUCUUCAUUGCUGAUGAGAUACAGACGGGACUGGCCCGCACGGGCCGAUGGCUGGCUGUUGAUCAUGAAGACGUGAGGCCUGAUGUCGUCCUCCUUGGCAAGGCCCUUUCUGGGGGCUUGUACCCGGUCUCUGCAGUGCUGUGUGAUGACCACGUGAUGCUCACCAUCAAGCCUGGGGAACACGGCUCAACCUACGGUGGGAACCCCCUGGGUUGCCGAGUGGCCAUCUCUGCCCUCGAGGUCCUGGAAGAAGAAAACUUGGCUGAAAAUGCCGACAAAAUGGGUACUCUGUUGAGACACGAGCUUAUGAAGCUACCGUCUGACGUUGUCACAGCUGUGAGGGGAAAAGGAUUAUUGAACGCUAUUGUCAUUAAAGAGACCAAAGAUUACGAUGCUUGGAAAGUGUGCCUCCGACUUCGAGACAAUGGGCUGCUGGCCAAGCCAACCCACGGUGACAUCAUCAGACUGGCUCCACCGCUGGUCAUCAAGGAGGAUGAGAUUCGUGAGUCUGUGGAGAUCAUUCACAAGACCAUCUUGUCUUUCUGA